GAUCAGCCAAUGGCGCACCCGAAAACAGGAGGGUAUCUGCCGGUGCCCAACGUGCAGGCACUCGCGCAGACUUGGAACGGCUCCGGCGAUCUGGUGCCUGACAGGUACGUCAGGACAGAGGAGGAGGCCACCGCCGAGGAGGACGUCGCCGGAUGCGCGCUUCCAGUCGUCGACCUCGGCAGGCUCCUCGAUCCCCGGUCGUCGGAAGAGGAGCUUGCGAACCUCGGCUCUGCCUGUCAGCACUGGGGUUACUUCCAGCUCAUCAACAAUGGCGUGCCGGAAGAGGUGAUCCGGGACGUGAGGAGAGACAUAGCCGAGUUCUUCAAGCUCCCGCUCGAAGCCAAGAAGGCGUGCGCGCAAGCUCCGGACGACAUCCAGGGCUACGGCCAGGGCUUCGUCUUCUCCGAGACGCAAAAGCUGGACUGGGCGGACAUGAUCUACCUCAAGCUUCGCCCCAUGGAGUCGCGGAACAUGAGGUUCUGGCCCGCCCACCCUCCGUCCUUCAGGAACUCCGUGGAUAGGUUCUCGACGGAGGUGGUGAAGGUGACGUCGUCCUUGCUGCGGUUGAUGGCCGUGGACAUGGGCGUGAAGCCGGAGCGCCUCCUGGAGAAGUUUGGGGGCCAGCCGCAGACAAUGAAGGUGACCUACUACCCGCCGUGCAGGCAGGCCGGCGAUGUGCUCGGCCUGUCGCCGCACACCGACGCCUGCGCCGUGACGCUGCUGCUCCACGUCAACGACGUGCAGGGCUUGCAGAUCAGGAGGGACGACGGCAGGUGGCUCGCCGUCGAACCUCUCGAGGGUGCAUUCAUCGUCAACGUCGGUGACACACUCCAGAUGUUAAGCAACGGCAAGUACAAAAGUGUUGAGCAUAGGGUCACGGUGCACCCAGACAGAGAGCGCGUCUCCGCGGCGAUGUUCCACCAGCUACUCCCGAACACGACGGUCGGCCCUCUGCCUGAGCUCGUGAAAGGCAGCGGCGGGGCGCGGUACAAAUCGGUGGAUUACACGGAUUUUAUGAAGCACUUCUUCUCCACGAAGCAUGAUAAAGGAGUGAGCCACCUCGACCACUACAGGAUUUAAUUGGCUCAAAGAAGAUGAUGGAGACCUUGCUAUCAGGUUAAUGAUGUAUUAUUUGAUGGAUGAACUCUGAAAAAUAAAAGCACUUGUGAUGCAUGAUAAAUAUA